AUGGCUGAAGACGAAAAGAAUGAAGCUGUUACAUCUGCAGUAGAAAAUCAGAAACUUCUUCCCUCUGAUUCUACAGUUUCUGUUUCUGCUGAAGAUAAGGAUGAUGAGAAUUGUGAUUGUGACAAGUCAACACUAGAGGAAACUGAUGAGAAAUAUGAAUCUGAACCAGCAUCACCUAAGGAGAUUGUUGCAUCAACUUCAAGUUCAUCAUCUUUCAGAUUUGGGAUUUUAGAUUUAGUAUCUCAAAUUGAUCCAAAAAGUCAUCCCCAACAAUGGUGUGGUGGAUUCUUAAGAAAAUUGACAAAAGGGCCCUCAGCAAGCUUGCUGUCUUUCAAUCCUUGCCUCCCUAGCCUACCUUCCAUUAAAAGAACCAAGAAAAAACCGAGUAGGAAACACACUCAAAGCAUGUCAGAAAUUCCUAACAGUUUUGAUCCCAAUUUGUAUUGUUUUGAAGCUUCAUGGACAAUUUACUCACUCUCAGAAAUCAAAGAUGCAACUGACAACUUUAGUCAUGAUAACUUAAUUGGAGAAGGAGGUUAUUCUGAAGUCUACAAGGGUCAUUUACAAGAUGGACAAAUUAUAGCAGUGAAAAGAUUAAUCAGAGGUACACAAGAAGAGAUGACAUCAGAUUUUUUAUCUGAACUUGGAAUUCUUGUUCAUGUCAAUCACCAAAAUAUUUCUAAUGUUAUUGGGUAUGGAAUUGAGGGGGGGAUGUACCUUGUUCUUCCUUUAUCACACCAUGGGAGCUUAGCUUCUCUUCUUUCUGAUCAUAAAGAGAAACUUGACUGGAGGAUUAGAUAUAACAUUGCAUUGGGCACUGCAUCUGGGCUUUCUUAUCUUCAUGAAGGUUGUCAAAGAAGAAUCAUUCAUAGAGAUAUCAAGGCAGCUAAUAUUUUACUUUCGGAGGAUUUUGAACCUCGGAUUGCUGAUUUUGGGCUGGCGAAAUGGCUUCCAGAUCAAUGGAGUCACCUCAACGUGUCACAGUUUGAAGGGACAUUUGGGUACCUUGCUCCUGAGGUUUUCAUGAAUGGGUUGGUGGAUGAGAAAACUGACGUGUAUGCUUAUGGAGUCCUUCUGUUAGAGAUCAUAACUGGACGCCCUGCUUUGGAUGAGUCACAGAAGAGUCUCGUUAUGUGGGCUAGACCUUUAAUACAUAAUAAACACAUUGAGAAACUUGUUGAUCCACAUCUUGAUGGUGAGUGUGAGUUGGAGCAGCUGAGCGACAUGCUAUGGAUUGCUUCUCAAUGCAUCAGUGACUGUCCAACUGAACGUCCAAAAAUGAGUCAGGUUUAUAGGAUGUUAAGUGGCGAUGAAGGGAUUCCUGAUAGCAAAAAGUUUAUGAAAUGGGCUGCUUUCAGAAGAAGGAAGAAGUCAACUGAGGUCUUUGAGGAACUACUCAAACUCAAAGAUCUGUCACCCUCACCCUCACCCUCACCUCACCAAACCGACAGAGUUUUAGAGGGUUAA